AGUCUUUGCAGCCUCUCGGUCCACUCAGUGAGGGUAAGAUGGCAGCCAGAAAUGCCAAAAACCAGAUGCCUUUCUGUGUCUGCUGUGUGCCUGCAGAUCUCCCACGCAAAUCACGCCUCUCUGAGACCUUUCCACAGCCACGACUGAUGCGGCCCACUGGUGCAGCGCCCUCGUCCCAGCCCCUCUUCCAGCCCGCCGAGCUCUUUGACAUGUCAUUGCCCAUCAGCAAGAUGGCCCGCAUGGCCAUGUCCACUGACGAUGCCACGCGAGCCGCUCUCCGCUCACAGAUCGUCACCCUCACUCGGCAGCAGGAGCUGCUGGGCCACACCUCGGCGACCGUCACCAGCACGCUGCUCAACGGCGUCCAGCGGCACAUCAACAAGGCCAUCAGUCGUCUUGGCUUGGAGGACGUCUUGGCCUUCGACAUUGCUGGUGACGUGGAGGGCGGCUUGAGGGUCGUCUGGCUGCUGAAGCAGGGCAGCGGUGAGGAGUGGCGGGCGAUGGGGCGGUUCCUUCGGCUGGCCUUCAUCCAUCGGCUGACCCCCGCCAACACGGCUCGGCCCCUUCAGCUGUCGGCCGACUCGCUGCCCACAGCAACGGCCUUGCACCAGCUGCCGAUCGCAUUGGCCAUCUACAAAGCAUUCGGCGACCUCCUCACACACGGAGGGACCAGCCUGGCGCUGCAGCAGGCCGACAACGGGGCCUAUCGGAUUGGCACUUUCACCUUCCGUGUGGUGGCAUAUGGUGAUCUGCCGGGUGGCCAUCGCUGCGCCAACGGCUACAGGGGGACCGACCCCGCCAUCCGCUGGGGCUUUUUUCUGUACCCCUCAUUCUCGGCAUGUCUCCUGCACACGCUGCUGUACCGAUGGGCCCACGAGGAGGGGGUGAAUGUGAGGAAGGUGCUGCGGGCAGAUAUCGGCCGUCGUGACCCUCGCUAUGGCCGUCUAAUGAUCGAGGGCAUCACAGAGGAUCAGGGCAUCGCUGUCGACUUCCGUUUCGACUGGGGCGAUCUGAAUGCGAAUCCGACUGACUAUCGUCAUGUGAUAGUGAGUGGCUUCCGACCAAACGAGGCCGUCGCCGCCUUUCUAUGGGUGGAGUCCGGCCGCAUCGCUAUGUGGACAGCCGAGCGAUCUGCGGCCGAUCGGUCUCAUCCACUCGUUCAGCGCUUCCCCGAGUCGGUCGGUGCUGUCCGCCGUGUGCUGAGGGCAUUCGGCGUCGAGCGUGACGUCAUCGAGAGGGGGAUGGUGCUACUGUGAGGGGUGAGUGGUGAGUGUUGGUGGAGGAGGGUCUGUCUGUGUGAGCACAGUGGUGGAAUGGGACUAAGUGGGUUUGAAUAGGCGACGUGACUGACUGGAUUGUGUGUGUGCCAUGGUUGACAGAGAGAUUGGAAAGAAAGGAUUGUGCAGCUGCCAGCCUAGGCUAUUCCCAGGUUAUAAGCCUGGCAGCUGGCUACGGGGCUGGUCGCCUGAGCAAUGCAUGCAAUGCAUGGUGGUUAGGUGGGAAGUACUUUUGGUGCCGACAACUGUUGACUAUAUAUUGUCAUGCAUAUAUUAAAGGUUCAGCA